AUGGCUGAUGAUUUCGAUAUCUACAAUGAGGAUAACUUUGGUGCAAAUGGAGAAGCAUCAGAUGAUUUAUACGCCGAGAUCCUAGAAGAAGAUGAUAAUCGUCCUUCAAAACGUAGCAGGAGAGAUGACGACAUUAAUUAUGAUCAUGCCGAACCUCAUCCUGGAGGACAAGAAGAAAAGGAUGAUGGUGAUGAUUUGUUCGCGGAUUUCGGGGAAGGUGAAAAGGAUUAUGAAGUGAAAAUGGAGUCGACGGAAGAAGAUCAAAUGGCUGCUACGCAUACGAAUCCUCAAGAAGGUCGUACCAAUAGCAUACCACGAGUAUCUUCAUCCAACAAUAAUAUAGGUCAGCACAUGCAUGAACGCAGAACAGCUGCAAAUGCUACAAAUGCUUUAUAUAUUGGCGAAUUGAAUUGGUGGACCACUGACGAGGAUCUUCGCAAUGUCGCGCGCGAAGUUGGAGUCGCAAAUGAAUUGACCGAAGUCACAUUCUAUGAACACAAAGUUAAUGGAAAAUCUCGGGGUGUUGCAUAUAUGGAAUUUUCCACUCCGGAAUCGGCAAGUAAAGUCAAAGAUCGAUUGGAAGAAAUUGAAGUCACCGGAAAGAAAUGUCUUGUUAAUUUUACUAGUUCGGCUAAUGGAAAUCCAUUUAAGACUGUUCCGAAAGAACCUCCUCCAAAAUCUGCCCGUCAAGCGAUGCAACAGCAGCCAUCUGCACAAAGAGCAUCUACUAAUUUGCCUACGCGUCCACAGGUCAUGAGACCGAAUUCGCUCGACUUUCAUCAACCUCGUGGCGGUUUUCGAACCGGGCAAAUGGUUGCCGGGCCAAGAGAUUUUUUUGCCCCUCCAAUUGCACCUUCAGCGUACACGGGAUUUGCAACUGGUAGAAGUGGGUACAUGAAUGGUUUUGGGGCCACCGGAGAUGCUUCAUACGCUAUGAUGGCACGUGGCGGAAUGAUGAGUAUGCGGGGUCAACCUGUUAGUCAUGUCCGUCGUGGAAUGAUGGGUGGCCGUGGUGUGAUGCGUGGAGGAUACGGUGAUGAUUAUAUGGGUGGAAAUAUGGGUGCUGGUAUGGGUGCAAAUAUAGGCGGAUUUAAUACUCCAGCAGGUCCGGGAUUUCCAGCUCCACAUUUUAACCCCGCAUUUUUUGAUCAAGGAUAUGGUGGCGAUGAUGUACCUGUUGCACCACGAGGACAAAGAGGUUACGAUGGAAUAACUCAUGGUAUGAAAAGAACUCGAGAAGAUGACGAUCGUGGACACAUGGAUGGAAGAGGUAAAAAGAAGCUCAUUCUUCUGCAAGCUUUUUCAAGUUUACUGAAUAUUUAUUUUUGCAUCGGGUAUUUUCUAUUAUCAGAUCGUCGAUAUUGA